ACCUGAGCGAAGUCACCAAGUUUUUCCCCAGAACUGUAACGCAACACAAAACCGGUGGAGGGAUUUGACAACAUGGCUGCUGUUGCGUCCCGAUAUUACAGAGAAGGCGGCAGAGCAACGAAACGACAGAAAACCGAGGGAGGAAUGAUCACGGACAACUAUGAUGACCCACACAAACCACUGCCCUCCCCUGUGGUACAUAUACGGGGAUUGGUAGACGGUGUGCUGGAGGCCGACCUGGUGAAGGCCAUGCAGGAGUUUGGAACCAUCAGUUAUGUAGUUAUGAUGCCCAAUAAGCGUCAGGCCCUGGUGGAGUAUGAGGACAUGAAAUGCUCCUGUAAUGCUGUUAUAUAUGCAGCUGAACACCAAGUUAAUAUUGCAGGUCAUCCUGCCUUCAUUAACUACUCCACUAGUCAAAAGAUCUCUCGACCAGGAGAUGCCGAUGACACCAGGAGUGUCAACAAUGUGCUGCUGCUGACCAUCGUGAACCCCAUCUAUCCCAUCACCACGGAUGUGCUCUACACCAUUUGUAACAACUGUGGUCCCGUGCAAAGGAUCGUCAUCUUCAGAAAGAAUGGUGUUCAGGCCAUGGUCGAAUUUGAUUCAGUUCAAAGUGCUCAGAGGGCCAAAGCUUCUUUGAACGGAGCUGACAUCUAUUCUGGUUGUUGCACUCUAAAGAUCGACUAUGCCAAGCCAGCACGCCUAAAUGUCUUCAAGAAUGACCAGGACACAUGGGACUAUACAAACCCCAACCUGAGUGGCCAAGAUGCAGAUGGUGAAGGCAAUUGGAACAAUUCACAAGACCCCAAUGCCAAUCCAAAUAAACGCCAGAGGCAGCCUGCUCUUCUGGGAGAUCACCCAGCUGAUUAUGGGGGCCCUCAAGGAGGCUUUCACAGCUACAGUGAUGACGCCUAUGGUCCUCCGCAUCGCAUGGGGCCAGGCAUGGUUGGUCGUGGUCGAGGUGGCCAACGGUAUGGUGCUGGUUAUGGACUACCCCCUCCUGAUUAUGGUGCCCAUGCUGAUUCCCCAGUUCUGAUGGUGUAUGGCCUGGAACCAUCCAAGAUCAAUGCUGAAAAGGUCUUCAACAUAUUUUGUCUUUAUGGCAACGUUGAAAGGGUCAAGUUCAUGAAGAGCAAACCUGGAGCAGCGAUGGUGGAAAUGGGCGACUGCUACUCUGUGGACAGGGCCAUCACUCACCUCAACAACACCUUCCUUUUUGGUCAGAAACUUAAUGUUUGCGUGUCCAAGCAGCAGGCCAUAGUGCCAGGACAGUACUAUCAGUUAGAGGAUAACACCAGUAGCUUCAAAGACUUCCAUGGAUCCCGCAACAAUCGCUUUACCUCCCCAGAGCAAGCAGCUAAAAACAGAAUCCAACAUCCCAGCAAUGUUUUGCAUUUCUUUAAUGCCCAGCCAGAUAUCUCAGCUGAAGCUUUUUACCAGAUUUGUGAUGAGCUGGGAAUAAAGAAUCCUACAAGUGUAAAACCUUUUACUGGAAAGAGUGAGCGGAGUUCAUCUGGCCUGCUGGAGUGGGAAUCCAUCAAUGAUGCCAUGGAAGCCCUUGCUAUGAUGAACCAUCAUCAAAUUAAAAACCCUAGUGGGCCUUAUCCUUACACACUCAAGCUGUGUUUCUCAACCGCACACCACACCAACUAACACUGCCCUCUCAGUUUGAAGUCUUUAACCUGCAGUUCUGUUGGCACAUUUUGUUGAUCGUAUAUUCACUAAAACUAGAAAUAAUGUGCGUGAGAAAAUGUUUCUUAUAUUUAACCUUUUUCAUGAAUUCUGUUUUUAUAUCAAUUAUUUUUGUAUGUUCACGUCACAACCUCUCCUCUUGUAUCUGGCUUUGAAAUACAAGUUAAAAUGAGAGUAGUCAGAGUACUUGAUCAUUGACUGUUGUUCCUAAUAUCAUGAUUUAAUAAUUAAACAAAUCCCAUGCUGUAGUUCUUUUUUAAAACACAGAGCAGUUUGGUUACCUGUUUUCCCGCUAUGCGGGAAAACAGGUAACCAAACUGCUCUGUGUUUUAAAAAAGAACUACAGCAUGGAAUUAGAGAUACGACACAGCAAGAACACAACUAAGGUUAAACAAAUCCGCUCAUGAAAAUAGAUGUUGUCAUCUAGGUGAACAGCCAGCAGUGAUUCAGUGCUACUUCUAAAAUUGGUGUGGAUGCUGUUCUAAUAGAACAGAAGAACUGGAAGUGGUGUUUAGACCAAAUCUGUGUCCAGCUGAUGCUUCCUUCUCAUGAUGCCGAUACUGUUCUUUUUACUUUUGUUGGAAUAAUUUCAUUAAACAUCUCACACGUAAUAAUCGUGUGGACUACACAGUUUUUCAGACAUUUCCCACUUGUGUUUGUUGUAAUAAUCUGUUCUGCUUCAAAUAAAGCUUGAAAUUGA